CCUCAGAACCUAGGACUAAACUGGCCCCCAAGAGGCUGUGCAAGCCUCACCAAGAUGAAGCUACCAGGCCAGGAGGAGUUUGACAUCUCCAGUACUUGUGAAAAUGUGGCCACAGGAGAGCCAGAGAGUGGCCCUGGCUCUGGUCUCAGCCCUGAUGGCCCCUCAGACACAGACAGCAGGGAACUAGGGGUACCCAAGGACCCUGUGCUCUUCAUUCAGCUGAACGAGCUGAUGGGCUGGCCCCAGGCACUGGAGUGGAGAGAGACAGGCAGGUGGGUGCUGUUUGAGGAGAAGCUGGAGGUGGGUGCAGGCCGGUGGAGUGCCCCCCACGUGCCCACCCUGGCACUGCCCAGCCUCCAGAAGCUCCGCAGUCUAUUGGCCGAGGGCCUUGUCCUGCUGGAUUGUCCAGCUCGGAGCCUCCUGGAGCUCGUGGAGCAGGUGACCAGAGUGGAGUUGCUGAGCCCAGAGCUGAGAGGGCAGCUGCAGGCCUUGUUGCUGCAGAGACCCCAGCACCUCAUCUGGACCACAAGAACCAGGCCCUGUUGCUGGUCUUCCCGCCCAAGAGAGGCUUCUCAUGAUGAGGAAGCCCCCAUGAAGGAACAGCAUCAGAACCCCCUGAGACACAAGCUGCCUCCAGGGGCUGAGGCAGCGGCUGUGCUGGCGGGAGAACUGGGCUCCCUGACACAGCCACUGGGGGUCUUUGUGCGACUGCGGGAUCCGGUAGUGCUGGGGCCUCUUACUGAGGUGCCCCUCCCCAGCAGAUUUUUCUGCCUCCUCCUUGGUCCCCCCACACUGGGAAGGGGCUACCAUGAGAUGGGCCGGGCAGUGGCCGUCCUCCUCAGUGACCGGCAAUUCCAGUGGUCAGUUCGUCGGGCCAGCAACCUUCAUGACCUUCUGGCAGCCCUGGAUGCCUUCCUAGAGGAGGUGACAGUGCUCCCUCCAGGUCGGUGGGACCCGACAGCCCGGAUUCCCCCGCCUAAAUGUCUGCCCUCUCAGCACAAAAGGCUCGCCUCGCAGCUGCGGGAGUUCAAAGGCUCCUCUGCGCGGCGUCGGGCCCCGGCUGAGGACAGGCACAGCCACCGACCGCACCCGCCCAGCCCGGAGCUGCGGCGGACAGGCAGGCUGUUUGGGGGCUUUGUCCAGGAUGUGCGCCGGAAGGCCUCGUGGUACCCCAGCGACUUCUUGGACGCCCUGCACCCCCAGUGCUUCUCGGCCGUGCUCUACAUUUAUCUGGCCACAGUCACUAACGCCAUCACUUUCGGAGGUCUGCUGGGGGAAGCCACCAACGGUGCUCAGGGGGUGCUGGAAAGUUUCCUGGGCACAGCAGUGGCUGGAGCUGCCUUCUGCCUGAUGGCAGGCCAGCCCCUCACCAUCCUCAGCAGCACGGGGCCAGUGCUGGUCUUUGAACGCCUGCUCUUCUCUUUCAGCAGAGACUACAGCCUGGACUACUUGCCCUUCCGCCUGUGGGUGGGCAUCUGGGUAGCCAUCUUUUGUCUGGCACUGGUGGCCACAGAGGCGAGUGUACUGGUCCGCUACUUUACCCGCUUCACCGAGGAAGGCUUCUGUGCCCUCAUCAGCCUCAUCUUCAUCUAUGAUGCUGUGGGCAAAAUGCUGAGCUUGACCCGUGCCUAUCCCAUCCAGAGGCCUGGCUCUCCUACCUAUGGCUGCUUCUGCCAGUUCCCAGACCCGCAAGGAAAUGAGUCUCAGUGGACAAGGACAAAGCCAAAAGACAGAGAUGACAUCUUAAGUGUGGACCUAGGUCUGGUCAAUGCAUCCUUGCUGCCCCCACCUGAGUGUGCCCAGCAGGGAGGCCGCCCUCGUGGCCCUGGCUGUCAUACAGUCCCAGACAUCGCCUUCUUCUCCGUCCUCCUCUUCCUUACCUCCUUCCUCUUUGCCAUGGCCCUCAAGCAUGUAAAGUCCAGCCGCUUCUUCCCCUCUGUGAUGCGCAAGAUGCUCAGCGACUUCUCCUCAGUCCUGGCCAUCCUGCUGGGCUGUGGGCUUGAUGCCUUCCUGGGCCUAGCCACGCCAAAGCUCAUGGUUCCCAGAGAGUUCAAGCCCACACUCCCUGGGCGUGGCUGGUUGGUGUCACCUUUUGGAGCCAACCCCUGGUGGCUGAGCGUGGCAGCCGCCCUGCCUGCCCUGCUGCUAUCAAUCCUCAUCUUCAUGGACCAGCAGAUCACAGCAGUCAUCCUCAACCGUGCCAAAUAUAGAUUGCAGAAGGGAGCUGGCUUCCACCUGGACCUCUUCUGUGUGGCUGUGCUGAUGCUGCUCACAUCAGCGCUUGGGCUGCCCUGGUAUGUCUCAGCCACUGUCAUCUCCCUGGCUCACAUGGACAGUCUUCGGAGAGAGAGCAGAGCUUGUGCCCCAGGGGAGCCCCCCAGCUUCCUGGGCAUCAGGGAGCAGAGGCUGACAGGCCUGGUGGUGUUCAUCCUCACAGGCAUCUCCAUCUUCCUGGCACCUGUACUCAAGUUCAUCCCAAUGCCUGUGCUUUAUGGGAUCUUCCUGUACAUGGGGGUGGCAGCGAUUAGCAGCAUACAGUUCACGAAGAGGGUGCAGCUACUAUUGAUGCCAGCAAAAUACCAGCCAGACCUCCUGCUCUUGCGGCAUGUGCCUCUGAACAGGAUCCACCUCUUCACAGGCAUCCAGCUUGCCUGCCUGGGUCUGCUUUGGAUAAUCAAGUCUACUCCUGCAGCCAUCAUCUUCCCUCUCAUGUUGCUGGGCCUCGUGGGGGUCCGAACGGCAAUGGAAUGGGUCUUCUCACCACAGGAACUCCUCUGGCUGGAUGAGCUGAUGCCGGAGAAGGAGAGGAACAUCUCUGAGAAGGGGCUGGAGCCAGAGUACUCAUUCAGUGGAAGUGACAGUGAAGAUUUGGAGCUGAUGUAUCAGCCGAAGUCUCCGGAAAUCAACAUCUCUGUGAAUUAGCUGGAGUAGAAGGAGUCUGGGAGUGGAGACUCCAGGAACCACAGCAUGAGUUCACAGGUGUUUACUCAGGAAGUCAGGACAUUGCUGGCCUUUGGCUUAAUUGUCAGAUGCUCAGUCAGCUGGGAACCUGAAACAACGGGGCAGGACUGGAAGGCAGCUGGCUAAGACCUCAAUCACCCUCCUGAGCUUGGGGUGGAGAGUGGCAGGGAACAAGCAGAUCUGCUUGUGGUUAGGAAAGGCUGGUAAGCCAGAGGGACUGACCAGGCCCCAUUCACUCUCUACCCUGUUAAAGGGACCUGAGGCCAGAAGCCCUUCCCAUUUUGAACUUUCUGUCCUCACAAAUUCUCUUUUACAGAAUGGGGG